AUUACCGCUACUUUACCGCUUCUCCUCGGCGACGGUAUCUCCUCAGAGAGACUAGCGACGUAUUUUUUUAUUGUUUUUUUCCUCCCUUCACUGUGGAACUACGAAGGAAACAAUAAGAUCCGCCGCCGGCUGCAGCCUGUGCGUCAGCCGGGUGUACUCACCUGCUCGGUGGAUCGCCACAAGCCAGCGGACUGUUUGAGAAACGGCCUGGAGAAAGUUAAUGAGAAGAUUCGAUCAGCUGGCACACACCCCCCACCCACCCACCUUCCUCCACUCCAUCCCCUCCAUCCCAACCGUCCUCCAGUGUCAGCGUUGGCUUCUUCACAUAGCGGGACAGCGGAAGUUCGUUGAAGACGAGACGUCCGUAGAGGGCGAACCUCAAAGGGGCUUUUAACCUCUGACAGCCCAUCGACCGUCCCAGCUUCAGGAACCCCGCCUCCCCGCUCCCCCCUGCUGAGCUCACUUCCUGGGAGAAGCAGGAGGAGCCGCCGAUUGGUGGAUUGUCGGACGUGACGAAAACCUGUCUGUGGGUUGGGUGGAUCUGCCGCGGGCCAUGUGUUUCUGGUGAGGCCUCAUCUUGUGCCAAAAUGAGGCUGAUGCCCGGCUCGCCUCGACCCGUCCCACCAGCCGUCCUGGCUCUCACCUUAGUCGCCUUCUUACCUCAGCUGUCCUCAGGAGCCACGCCGUUCCCCCAAGACCUGGAACCGAUCAGCAUCGUGGGCAGAGAAUCCUCCUACCUCUACCCCAGCUUCCAGGGGCUCAUGUCAGACAAUGACACUGUCCGCCUGGGUCUGGACUUCCAGAGGAUGCUGAGGAUCAACCACAUGCUCUACAUCGCCGCCCGAGACCAUGUGUUUGCCAUCAAUCUUGCCACCUCAUCUGAGCAGAUAAUCCCACAGCAGAAGCUGACUUGGAAGACGAAGGAUGUGGAGAAGUGCACCGUGAGAGGGAAAAACAGCGACGAAUGUUACAACUACAUCAAAGUGCUAGUGCCGCGCAACGACGAGACGCUGUUCGCCUGCGGCACCAACGCCUUCAACCCCACCUGCCGCAACUACAAGAUGUCCACACUGGAGCAGGAAGGGGAGGAGGUGGUGGGUCAGGCCCGGUGUCCCUUCGAGUCCCGUCAGUCCAACGUCGGCCUUUUUGCAGGUGGUGAUUUCUACUCUGCCACCAUGACCGACUUCUUGGCGAGCGAUGCGGUUAUUUACAGGAGUCUGGGAGAAAGUAGCCCCGUGCUACGUACAGUCAAGUACGACUCCAAAUGGCUGCGAGAGCCCCAUUUCCUCCACGCCAUUGAGUACGGGAACUACGUGUACUUUUUCUUCAGCGAGAUCGCGGUGGAGUACACCACUCUUGGCAAGGUGGUUUUCUCCAGAGUCGCACGUGUCUGUAAGAAUGACAACGGAGGCUCCCCGAGGGUGCUGGAGCGCUACUGGACGUCGUUCCUCAAAGCCCGGCUGAACUGCUCCGUGCCCGGCGAUUCCUUCUUCUACUUCGACGUCCUGCAGUCGCUGACCAACGUGCUGCAGAUCAACCACCGGCCGGCGGUGCUCGGAGUCUUCACCACGCAGGCGAACAGCAUCACCGGCUCGGCGGUCUGCGCUUUCUACAUGGACGACAUAGAGAAGGCCUUCAGUGGCAAAUUCAAAGAGCAGAGGAACAGCGAGUCGGCUUGGACGCCCGUUCCAGAGGAGCAAGUCCCCAAACCGAGGCCGGGCUGCUGCGCCGGCGAGGGCCCGGCGGCCGCGUACAAGUCCUCCACCACCUUCCCCGACGACACCCUGACUUUCAUCAAGUCGUACCCGCUGAUGGACGAAUCCGUGCCCUCGGUCAACGACAGACCCUACUUCACCCGCACCACCAGCAGGUUUAAGUUGACCCAGAUCGCGGUGGACACGUCAGCGGGGCCGUACAAGAACUACACCGUGGUGUUCCUGGGCUCAGACAACGGUCAUGUGCUGAAGAUCCUGGCCAGCACCGAGGGAGCCAACGCGUCCUUCAACACCCAGCUCCUGGAGGACAUCGACGUCUACAACCCCAACAAAUGCAACGUGCGAGGGGAGGACCGGAGGGUGCUGGGUCUGGAGUUGGACCGGGAUCAUCACUCGCUGUUCGUGGCGUUCUCCAGCUGCGUGAUCCGCGUGCCGCUCAGCCGCUGCUCCGAGUACAGCAACUGCAAGAAGAGCUGUUUGUCUUCGCGGGACCCUUACUGCAUUUGGCUCAAGUCGAGCAGCUGUGCCACGGUCUCGCCUGGUUUCAAAGGCGGGUUUGAACAGGACGUGGAGAACGGCUACCAUCAGCAUCCCGAUACCUGCCACGAUGUCUUGGCGACCACUCGCAAGCAAAACACGGCGAUAGAUUCAGCGUAUGGGAAGACCACACCCACAAGCGCCAGCACAACCUAUCAUGGGGCGGAAUUCCCAAAGGAGGCAGGUGACCCUGAAAGAGGUACAGGUCCUGAUCGCCCUCCCCCUGUGGGGGAACAAGGGUCACCUGACUCGGAGCCAAUCAGUGUGGAGAUGGAGGGUGUGAGGCGACCUCCGGAGCUGGAGAAGACCAACCACAGUGUGCACUACACUCUUCUGAUCGCUUGUGUUUUGGUGGCCUUUGUCCUCGGCGCCUUCCUCUCUGGCUUCUUGGUCUCGUGUUACUGUAACCACACGGGCCACAAGACCAAGAAGCUGUCGAAAGACCCCGAAGCUCCGAUCCCACACGCCCUGUCGCUCCGCAGUUUGGCAAAGCUCAACGGCCUCCUGGACAGCCAAAGUAAGGACGACAAGCUGGAGGUGUCAUCUCCAAAGAUCUACAACUCUUUCUUUGCCAACAGCAAGGAGCAUCACCCACCAAGGAGAAAUGGCCACCACGGAAUGACGAUGGGAGACCUGGUCCAUCCCCACCAUCACCAUCUCCACCACUCCUCAGAGCUGUCUGGUCUGCCGACACCAGACUCAACUCCAGAACUACCCAUAAAGAGCAUGAAAGCUUUCAAGAACCAAUGGGAAAAGAACCAGAACUGCAACAAUGCCAAGGAACCAAAGUCCCAUAACAUUGGCUCCAGGCCCAGUUCAGCCCUGCUUCACCAGCAGGUCUUCCCCUACUCCCAUGGUCUGUCCAAUGGGCAGCCAGUAGUCGGUCACCUCCAUCCAGAUGAGCGUAAAAUCCACAACGUUGAACGUGUGUUGUCUCAGCAGCCUUACCCUGGUUACUCCCAGAAGGUGAUGGAGGUAACCUCACUGGAUGAGCUUCUAAAGCACAUCCACGAGGCAAGCAGCAGCAAGAACUCCCAGCUAAUGAGCCCGUCGGGUCUGAUGGCCAGCGGAGGUGGAGGUCAGCUAGCCUUUGCCAACCGCAUCCAACCUCAGAUUCCUGAGACAGAAUCAGCCCCCUACUACAGCUCGUCUACUUUGCCCCGGGACAGCCUCACGCGACGCAUGGAUGUCCCACCAGACAUCCCCUCGCACCACCAGUCCACACUGGAGAGGAGGCACUCCUCCCAGAGGCACUCACUGAUUGCUGCAGCCGCCAAAAUGCCCAACGGAGGCGGAGUUGGAGGAGGCGGGGGAGGAAUGAUCCCUCGCCAGCACAGCUUCAGCCAACGAAACGGCGGGCCCCACCAGCAGCCUCCCCUUUUGGCAAGGAUGAACUCGACGGGCAGCGCCUGUGAGGUUCACUAUCCCCUCAUCCCCAAUGGCUACCUGGCACGGCAGCACAGCUAUAACGGAGAGCAGCAGGAGGUCCCACACAGGGGUGCCAUCGUUCGCCGGGCCUCCUCUCUUAAACCCGAUGUCCCUCCCAAGCCCCUGUUCAUACCUGCCACGUCCCCAGUCAACGAACAGGGAAAGUUCAACUACUGAGGGGGUAAACUCCUGGACUAGAGAGGGAGUCUCCCUCAUUGUGUUGUCUUUAAGGAACUUCCCUUGAAGAAGUGCUGUGGGUUUGAGGUUGCAGACCUUCACCAGAAAACACAACCAGGGGGGUGGCAGCCAGUGUCACUGUGGACAAAAGCCUCAACCAAACGUGUUUUUUCCGCUUCUUUUUGUCCAACGAAUAUCUUUGUACCAUAUUGGUAUUGCUCAGCUACUUGCUUAUAAUAGAACCGCUUACUCGGGUGACGUGACGCCACCUCCUUAUAUUAGGCUGCCAAUGUCCUCAAUGUGGAUUUACAAUGCAACUCAGUUUUUGGACAUGUCGAUGUUGGAAAAACUUAACACAUCAGUCAUCUCGAAGAGGAGGCUCGUGCGAUGCUUAGAUUCAUGCUUUUGCUUAACCUUUUCUGAUGUAGUGUUGGUAUCCAGUCCCCACCCGCCCCACCCUCGAAUGUGUUUAUAUUAUGCAUGUGUGUGUAUAUAUAUGUGUGUUUAUAUCCACACCGUAUAUGUAUACAUAUACAUAUGCAGUAUGUGUAACCUGUGGUGAAAAGUCAGCAAAUUCCCCUGAAAGUAGUUAUGUCUUUGCCUUACUAUACUCUUUCAUCUUUGGGCAUAUCAAACGAUCCCCCCCCAUCCCCUAACAGAUGUAUUAGGGACACCAAAUCAUGCACUUCAUCAACACAGUGUGUCAGUUGGCUAAAGACGCUGAACCAAAUUCGUUGUGUUGACAAGACAAAGGAAAUACUUCAACAAAGCAGCUAUACUCGCCUUUUCUCGUUCUUUUUUUUUUUGUUUGUUUUUUGUUUUUGUUUUGUUUUUUUCCCCUCUCCCUGUCUCAGCCGAUGUCAAGUCAGACGUGACAAAUUCGGGUCCGUUUCAGUUCCUCAAGAAUGUUUCCAUACGAUUGGUGCUCCACAAAUCCAGUGGGUCUAACAUCCUCCGAAAUGGAAAUAAACAAUAUUGUAUGCUCUGAAAUGUUUCGGACCCAGAGAGGAGGAGACAAACAUGCCAUGCCAUCUGGAGUUAAGAGAACGAACAUAAAAAAAAAACAUAGAACGGACUGCAGUUAUUCUAAUUAUUAACUUUGUGGCUAUUGGUUGUAAAUAAAGGAAUAAUUACUAGCCAAAUUUUAACUGUAUGUGUAAAUGUGUGCCUUAUUUAAUAAUAGUGUGUGACAUGGGGGGUCGGGGUCAAUGCAAGGGGCUCGGAUGGCAUCUAUGCUACAGUAUAUCGUAGGUGUUUAAUUUUCUAUGGUCGUCAGUAUGUGUCAUACAGUAUCUAUUGUAUAUCUGAAAGGUUUCAUUCCAAAAUGAGAUAUUCGUCACCUGACAAACCGGGAGUAUGAUUGUAACACUCACUAAUGAAUCUCAUAUCAUGAUAUAUAUUGAGCAUAUGAUUUUUUUUUUUUAUAAAGUAAUAUUUUAAAAAGAAAUAUCUACUUUUAUGUUUAAAAAUUUAAAAAACAAAAACAGCAGAUAUAUAAUUUUUUUUUUCCCGCAAGAUCAAUACAGUGUUUUGGAAUGAAACCCUUCGUUCUUUUCUUUUCAUCCCAAAAGUGUGAGCCUGCAGGGUUUUUUUGGGCGGGACGAAGCAAGUACACAGCCUGAGACUGCAGACAUUCAGGUUCGACUGUCUCUGUAUUAUGUCACUUUCCACUGGGUGUCACUUUUCCUGUAGGUGCCAUGGUUUUGCUUUCUGGUUUGUUUUUCUUGUAGCAUUUUCAUGUUCUUGGGUUUCUAACAGAGCAGAUCACAGUUCCUCUUGACCUACAGACCCGUAGCCAUUCUAGAAGUCGCACUAAAUGAGAGAUAAAUGGCAGGAAAUAUUUUCUUAGUUCUUCUCUACUAUUUCUGUUUUGUAUAAAUAUGAGAAAACAGGUGGCCGCAUAGAGCUGGACUUCUACGAUGGUUACCGCUGUAAGAGUUCGACCCACCGGCUGUCGCCAGGCUUCAAAAGAAGAAACGCAGAUAAGUGCAAUGAACUGUGAUCCGACAGGCUGAGAUUGUCUCUUGGAUUGAUAGCUGGGAAGCGAUCAUGAAACCGGUUCACAGGUGGCCGCGGUGCCGAGAUCUCCCGCCUCGGAAACAUCGCCACCGCCCCCCCAACCAAACCCGCCACUGUUGCACUUUUCAGGGGGAUUCACUUUGGCCACGGUUGACUGGAACCGUGAUCAAUCGGGUGAAAGCAGCACUACGCUAUUUACUGUAUCUGAAAGUGGUGUUUAUUGAUUGAAAUUUCCCAGAGCUCAUUUGACCCAGUGUAAAGUUUACCAUUCAUACGACAUCAGCUCCAGUAAAUGAAGGAAAAUAUGACCGAACACGUUUGUUGUAAGGAGAAAAGAACAAAAAGAAAAAAAAAAACAGUUGAUUUGGGUAUUAACAGGCAGCAGAGCAUUAAAUAGCCUUUCAAACAGCAAAUAUAAAACAUCCAACUUGAUUUAAUGUUGGGGCGGAAAUGUUUCGUAAGAGGAAUUGUGGCAGCUACAGUGUUUGAGUGGAAGUGUUUCUCUCUCUCGCUCUCUCUCUUUUCUUUUUUUAAUCUGCCGGUCACAGAUUGUAUGGAAGAGGGGUCGGUCUCGCCUCGAGAAGCUCUAUCAGUAUUUGAUUUGGUGUAAAUACAUUCUAUCUGGGCGGGGUCUCAUUGAUUCAGUAUUAUGUUUUUCUCUGUUUUGAUUUCCAGGCCUCUUGACUUACUAUGAAUUUGGUCUCACAGAAUACCAUUGUAUGUCUCUUAUACUAAGAAUAAAAUGAAAACAUGA